AUGAAGCUUCCUCUCAUUUGCUCUGCUGAGCUGAAGAUCAGAUCCUUCGUGUUUGUUGUUUCCGACCUAACCGACGAUUCAUCUUCUCCAGUGAAAUCUUCCGUAAGAGGCCUCGUUUUAUGCUUGGAAACUGAAUCCGUUCAAUCUGUUGUGGCCAAGGUAGAGGCUGUCGGUGCUGUUUCGGAAGAUGAAGUGAUCGAGUUUGAAGACGCUUGCUGCGGCGAGGUCAUGUGCAAGGUGAAGGUCCCAUAUUGCAACCUCUGGCUAAUCUGCUUGCCUGCAAAUAAAUGGGGCGACGUGGCAGCUUAA